GCGUUUAACAGCCGAAUUAUUAUUAUUAAUAGACGCCCGUGCAUAUUUGCUUGUCGUUUUUAAUGAAAGUGGAAAUAUGGGAAGCGAGUCUCCUCUAUCGAGUGUGAACGUCGUGCUCGUCAUGGCCUUCGGUAGUUUGGUGUUUGUUUUGCUGUUCAUCUUUGUCAAAAGACAAAUUAUGCGUCUAGCCAUGAAAUCCCGUAGAGGACCCCACGUUCCAAUCGGUCACAAUGCUCCAAAGGAGCUUAGGCAAGAAAUUGAAGCAAAACUGUGCCAAGUCCAGAAAGUCCACUUUGAACCUCGUCUGCUGUCUCCAGAAGAUGAGCGGCCAAUGUCUGGUUGCUGUGACUACCAUUAUAGGAUGAGAGCAUUAGAUGCCAUCAGAGACACAGAUUUCCCGUUUUGCGAACUGGGCGGUUCCUCCAGCGCUGUGACGGGAAAACGAUUCAGGGCGUGGCUCCUGCAGCUGCGAAACUCCCACUGCCUCUUUCGGGAAAGCCAAAAGGGUUUGAUUGACACCGUGUUGGACGGGUACAACAAAGCACGCCAUGGAGCAGAGGCUUUUGGUGAAGCAGAACUCUUCAAAUACCAGGACGCUCUCUGUCAACUGGCCUCUGUUGUCAAGUCCCAAAGCAGCAGCAAUACAGAUAGCCAACAGCACCACCAAACCGCCGCUAAAGACUUAACCGCCAUCGCCGAGCCUGUAAACUCCUCCCACUCGUCUCGGACGCACCUCACGACGGCAGCGCAGCAGCGCAUCAAGAGGACCAGGAACUUGCUGGAGCUGAAGAACUUUAAAGAUAAGUACAACACACUGGACAGCACACUGUGAAACAUGUGGAUGGGAGGCCAGUGUGAAUUUGACAUAUCGUUCACGUUACAUAAUAAUACCUCUUAACAUGCAGCUUGUGCAUAUAUACUGUGUUGUUGCUAACAUUAGGUUGGCAUUAAGUAUUUAUUUCACAUGGGGUUGACUUGACCAAAAUAAGAGCUACGAAUAAUAAGACAAUCAGUAUUUAUUGCACAAAUAUAAAAGCCUAUGCAAACUUUAUGUAAAUGGUGACUUUUAGUGAAACAUGCGCACUUACGUUUACAUUUCUGCAUUUUUAGAGCCUUAAAAUAAUGAUUUAUAUAAGCCAUACAUUUGUUUUGAUUAUGUGCCAAUUAGCACAACCUUAAUGUUUUUUCUCCAGUGCAUUAAUUUAUUCUGUUGCAAUCGUUUAUCCAAUGUAUGUUUCUUAGGGGGGCUACACUAAAUGUCUGAUUUUACUCUGGAACAUUCUGCCUUGAAAUUAAACUGAUCUGCACACCGGUUUUGUCUUUUGCUUGUAGUUUGCAGACAUGUUCAGCAGAGGGCGCACCCUACUUGACAAUAAAAACAACAAA